AUGCCGACAAUGGUCCUCCCAUUCGGGCUCCUACAGCCAGAACUCCCUCUGCCAGCGAAAGAAGCCUUGGAUCGCUCACGAAACGAGUCUCUUCGGCCGGAUGAACCUGCAAGCAAUGAGGCCACAGUACAAUCGUUCGAUUCAACAUCCUCGGCGGAAGAUGAAGACGCUCGACAUGGCACAUUGAUGGGAGCGCCGCGUGAUGAUUCAAGAGAUGAGAACAGCGAUCGUGCAACGGCAGACAUCGCCUACAAUGUCCGAAAUCGCAACCAAGCCCUUCCUGCUAUACGCCGCGAUUUGAGUCAACUGCGCUGUCGAGUCGAGCAGCAGAUUGACGGCGUUCUCCUGAGUGUGCAGAAUACCUUUGAUGAUCUGGAACAGCGUAUCGACAGAGCUUGCUGGCCUGACAACAACAACAACAGACCUCAUGUAUCAAAGAGCAAUCAUAUUGAUGAUCGGGGAAGAGGCCGUGGCAAUGUCCGUCGCAACCGUGUUGGCAGCCGCAGUCGACAUCAUCCAUCUCGCAGGCCUCGACACAAUCAAGACCCCAUUGCUGGAGCAGAGCGAGACAUUCAGGAGAUCCAGGCACGUCUGGAUCUUGUGGACCCUCACGCCCAUCGUCCUCGCCAUGCUCGGGCCCGCCACCAUCGAUAUCGGCUGGAACCUCUACUCAUUGUUGAACUGGACGACUCAUUCGACUCCGCCUUUGGCGCUCUGGAUUGGAUUUCCGCUUUCAGUGCUUUGGCUCGCGAAGGCUUUCGCCGACCACCACAACGCCGGCAUCCACGUCAGUGUGAGCGACGAGGCCGUUGCGUGAGUCUCGAUAGGUCUCAUCAUCGAGGCAGACGAGACGACCCCACGUUCAAUUUCCACAAUGAUGUGUUUGGGCAGGCAUCUCAUGCCCAGCUGUCUGUAGACUCUGCCAGUGACCUAGGGCCCGCAGAAUCGGACAGUUCCGGGUCGGAGUGGUUGGUUCGUUCUAGGAUAUCCCGACGCCGAAGACAGGCGACAGCUCAUCCAUCCAGGAGAACUCGGCGUCCUCGUUGGGGUCAAAUCGAUGGGUACUUGUCUGAGUCUCCUACGAGAGAUGUUGACUCUCUACGAUGCUCCCCAAUUCCGAUACGAACUCGCAACAGCGUACCAGAAUCCAUGCGAACCCAUCGGAAUGAACAGUGCCAACUUGGCCAUCGUGCGCAACCCAAAGGUCGUGGUGCCAGAGCAGGCCCGUCGAGCCACCAAUGUCUGGGCUGCCUUGACUCGGAAGAUGGGCAUGCCUGUCAACCGUCUUCCAGCAAGAACCCUUUCGGCCGCGGAAUGCCGUUGGAUACUGACGACUGGGAGGAGCCUGGAGAGCCAGGUGGUAAUGAUGGUGCUGGUGAUGAUGCACUUGGUCUGUAG